AUGUUCAACACUCGACGCAUCGCCUACAAGUUCAUUGCCCGCGAGCAGGGCGAAGGCGUCGGCGCCACGGUGCGACGCUCGCUGGGCUCGCAGCAGCUGCGCAACCUGGACCCCUUCCUCAUGCUAGACGAGUUCAACGUCGGCCUGCCCGGAGGCUUCCCCGACCACCCGCACAGAGGCUUCGAGACGGUCACGUACAUGCUACCGACGUCCAAGGGCCACAUGCGCCACGAGGACUUCCUGGGCAACAAGGGCGAGCUCCGACCGGGAGAUCUGCAGUGGAUGACCCCGGGCAAGGGCAUCCUGCACGCCGAGAUGCCAGCCAAUGAGGAGAAAGCGCACGGUCUGCAGCUCUGGAUCAACCUGCCCAAGGCCAAGAAGAUCAUGGAGCCCAGGUACCAGGAGAUCAGUCGGGAUACGGUGCCGCAUGUGUGGGACGACGACAAGAAGGUCGAGGCCAUUGUGUUCGCCGGCGAGGUGUUCGGCCAAAAAGGUCCCAUCGAGACGGAGGCGCCCGUGACGUACAUCCACUUCUUGAUGAAGCAGGGCGCCAAGCUCGAGUACAAGAUCCCGGACGGACACAACGCGUUCGUCUACACGCUGACUGGCAAAGGCAAGUGCGCGGGUGAAGACGUCGAGGCUCAUCACGCUAUUGUCCUGGAGCAGAAUGGCGACGGCGUGCACGUGACGACGGACGAGAAGGACGGCCUGGAGUUUAUCGUGAUCAGCGGACAGCCCUUGAAUGAGCCUGUGGUGCAGUACGGCCCCUUCGUCAUGACCUCGGAGGCGGAAAUCCACCAGACCAUCCGAGACUACCAGAGCGGCGCGAACGGCUUCGAGAACGCACCCAAGUGGUCGUCGGAGAUUGGCAACCGCCGUUGA